GGGAGGAGGAGCAGCGGCAGGAGGAGGAGGAGCGGGAGGAGAGGCGGCGGCGGAGCUGGAGCGGCUGGUGCGGGAGCUGAGUGUCAUGCUGAUGCGGCUGGGUGUGGCUCGGCCGCUGGAGGCUCGCAAGUUCAUUGUGUUCAGCCGGCAGUACCUGGGCAACACGGAGAAGGAGGUGAUCGAGCUGUGGAAGAGCGUCAUGAAGCACAUCGAGCUGAGCCCCGAGCAGAUGUCGGAGAUUGUGGAGCUGAAGCGCAUGUUCCUGGCCAAGAUCGAGCCCAUCAUGGAGGAGCGCAAGCACCUCAACAUCUCUAUCCAGACCAACCUGCCGCACGACACCUACCACACCAAGUCCUCAAUUAGCUACAUCAAGGCCCAUGAAGCGGUAUCCAAGCUACGAGACAACCUGCGCUCCGAGCAGCACGUGGUGCUGGAGUUCACCAUCGCCGUAUUCCGCGGCGUGUUCCGACCCGCCCAGAUGGCAGCGCUGCUGGUCCGCUGCUACCCCGCGGUGCCCGACGCGCUGGGCAUCGCGAGCGCGCUGGCAACUGAGCUGGGGGAGCCCGACUCGCCCGCCACUCAGCUGCUGACGAUGCAGCUGGGCGGCUACUCCGUGCCCGGCAACCAGCCCUCGGGCGGCUCCGCUGCCGGUCUGCUGUCCAUCCACCCCUCCCUCAUGCCCAUCGAUGCGAGUGUGGGGGUGGGGCAGCAACUGCUGCAGCAGCAGCAACAGGCGGCACAGCAGCUGCUACAACAGCAACAGCUGCAGCAGCCGCCGGGAAUGCAGCAGCAGCAGCAGGGAAUGCUGCAGCAGCAUCAGCAACAGCAGCAGCAGCAACAGGCAGCUGCGCACAUGCAUGCAUUGCAGCAGCAGCAGCAACAACAACAACAGAACUACCAACAGCAACAACAACAGCAUGCUUAUCUGCAGCAGCAGCAGCAGCAGCAGCAACAGCAGCAGUUCUUGCAGCAGCAGCAGCAAGCCGCAGCUGCCGGCCUCUACGGAAGCGGUGGCGGUGCAGGUCCCAUGCCUUCGCACCACCAGCAGCAGCAACUCCUCCAACAGCAGCAGCAGCAGCCGCACAUGAAUGCCGCGCAUGGGGGACAUGUGCUGUCAGGCGGUACAAUGGCGGAUCUGGCGGGAGCAGCGGCCGGCCUGGGUUUGCCGCCGUUGAUGGAGAUGCGCGCUCGGUCGGGAUCGAUCUCGGGUUCCUCCGCAGCUACACCCUCGUCCGGAAACCUGCCGCAAUGAGGCGCGGCAGGAGGGGGAGAAGGCGCUGCGGAGGGGGAGCAGGUGGAGGAGGGGGGAGCGGAGGAGGAGGGGGGAGCGGAGGAGGAGGAAGAGAUUGCUGAUGUUCUGUGCCGUGAAGAAGGGUAGCGGAAGGGGGAAGGCUGCGUGCCGAGGGGCCUGUGAUGCUGCUGUUGCUGCGGAGGAGGAGGAGGGAGAGCAGGCUGGUGUUGAGCCGUAGAUAGAGGAGGCAGCUGUUGUUGCCGCUGUUGCUGCUGCUGCUACUGUUUCUGACUGACAGAUGCUGAUGAGGCACCACUGCAGUGGAGAGGAAGUAGGGGAUCGGGAAGAGGAGGAGGAGAAUGUGAAGGAGAAUGCGCAGUGCCUAUCCUUGCCUACCUUGUACUCUUACGGUAUUCCCACUGUUACUAGCUGACGCCAUAUGAGAACCGACGAGAAAGCUAAUAUGUGAGCAGGAUAUCAAUUGUGGCUGCUCAAGUAAGAAAUAUUUGGCAUAGUUUGGCGUUUGCGGUGCCUUGCGGUGAUGAGGGGUGGAGGUUGACUUGGCCUGGUACCUUUGGGAAAAAAUGGUAAUCACGGCUGAACACGUCACCCUUUUUCCAAUUGUUGCGAUAUCAGCUAAAUUCGGCUAGAAGAAUAGGACUUUUCCUUUACAAGUCACACAGCUUGCUUGGAGUCGUGGCGGGGGUUGGGGCCCGGGUGGGGGGGAAGGGUCAGGAGGUUGCGAUUGGGGUUUUGGGUUAAUGGGACGCCAGCUAUCACCUACUGUACGGCGCAUACCGGCAGUCGGCCACGUCUGCGUUGCCUUGGAUUUGGAACUGGGUUCACAUGCCCUGCCCUGGUUAUGAGCCUCUGCUGCUCUUUUGCAGUGCUGCUCUAGCAGUUGCAUAAAGUUGCCUAAAGAGGCUAUUGUGGCUUUGCGGUGUUGCUUGUUUGGUCAGGAGAUGAUAAGGAGGGCAAUAGUGGUUGAGAGAAUUUGAGCUUCCGGUGAAUCGGCUGCUUGCUUGCCGGGUGGGCAGCAGCCGGGCUCUUGGUUGAGAUACUCACGAUAAGAUCAGGAUCCCUGACUGUUUAAAAAAGUACGGA